AUGCAGCAGCCUACUUUCGCCGGAGCGUACCGUCCAAGACGGAGUAACCACCGGGUCAACGGCACCCCACACCACCAUCGAUACUUGUCCCUCGACGUCUCCGCCUCAUCCUCACACUCGAGCGGCCCCGUUCCGCCCUCGCUGCCCCUUAGGUCCAGAUCAUCCUCCCCGGCGCCCUCCACCGUCAGGACACUGAAACCGUCGCUGAAGUCAUACAACACAUCUCCCGUCCUCCCCUCGGACGACUUCAGUCAUGUGCGCACUCGCUCAACCCCUGAGCCGCUGCGCAAAUCAGUACAGUUUAACGAAUCCGCGCUCGAAUCCGUCAGACUUUACCGUCCAACCGGCCGGCCGGCCCGCCUACUCAUCUCCUCCGCCGCUGCCUCGGACACGGAGACAGAAACUGAGUCUGAUGGCUCGCUGCUCCAACCCCCCAUCGCAUCGUGGACGCCGCUUGAGAUGGACUAUGCGCGCUCAACACCUGUCGGUCGCACAAUCCUACCUCAAGGAAGCAAUGUGUUACUCGAAUCACUUUCGCUUCCGCACGCUACCGGGCCCACCGUUGCACCCAUACUACGCGGCAUGGUGCUCGUUCGCAACGUAUCAUUCGAGAAGGAGGUUUCCGUACGCUUCACCCUCGACGGAUGGGAGACGAUUUCCGAGGUUCGUGGCACGUACGCUGGGCACGCCGCCCCAGAGGAAUUUCACCUGGACGUCGGCGGAGAGUCGUGGGAUCGCUUUCGUUUCUCGAUAUCGCUGCCGGACUCGCCGGACCGCACGCUGCAGCUCGCUGUACGCUUCAUCGCGUCUGGCCGGGGGGAAUGGUGGGACAGCAACGGUGGCACCAAUUACACGGUGGCGCUUCGGCGCGCACGGGCCCUCGCUGCACCGCUCAUUGGCUCAUCGGUCUCCCUCCCUGGUCCGCUCCCGAAACGCAAAGUCGGCGCAACAGCCCAACGUCGAGCAUCUGUCUCUGGAACGCCCUUGCAAGCCGUACAGGAGCAGGCUCACGCGAGUGGCGUAUUCGUCACUCCAUCGGGCUCGGCGUCGAGCAGAGUCAUAGUGCGGGCGAACAGGUCAUGGGCUUGGGCGAGGUGA